UAAAAGCCCUUCCUUUCCAUUCCAUUGCUUGUAUCCCUCCUCCGCCGCCUCCUUGCUCCUCCUCUUCUCGCUCUCUCUCUCUCUCUCGUUCUCCGCCUUGGAUCCGGUGUGAGGUUGUGAGAACGAGUGGGGACGCAUCGAUCGCCUACUGUUUUGCAUUUCAUUUAUCAUGGCGGAUCAAGUGAAUCACCCGUCAGUUGCCCAGAAGCUUGCUUGUCAGUUCCAGUUGAGCUCUGGUUUUUCCCAAGAUGUGCUGUCUCACAAUCAUAAUAUUUAUAGCCCUUCUCUGUAUACAAGGUGCUUCGCAAGUGGGAAAUAUGUAAACAGGGGACUGCAAACCUCCUUGAUACAACCUUACAGAGGCACAUGUGAUCUAUCUAUGGUCCCAUCCGUGUCUCCGGUCUUUGCCCAUGCACCUGCAGAGAAAGGUUUCACAAGCUUUGCUAUAGACUUUCUCAUGGGUGGUGUUUCUGCUGCUGUUUCUAAAACUGCUGCAGCUCCCAUUGAACGUGUGAAGCUUCUCAUCCAGAAUCAGGAUGAAAUGAUCAAGGCUGGUCGUCUUUCUGAGCCUUACAAGGGAAUCACGGAUUGCUUUGCUCGCACCAUCAAGGAUGAAGGUUUUGCUUCACUGUGGAGGGGGAAUACAGCAAACGUUAUCCGUUACUUCCCAACACAGGCGUUGAACUUUGCAUUCAAAGAUUACUUCAAGAGGCUGUUCAACUUCAAGAAAGACAAGGACGGGUACUGGAAAUGGUUUGCAGGCAACCUGGCAUCCGGUGGUGCGGCCGGUGCUUCUUCAUUGUUAUUUGUUUACUCUCUCGACUAUGCUCGUACCCGUCUGGCCAAUGAUGCAAAAGCGGCAAAGAAGGGUGGGGAAAGGCAAUUCAAUGGCCUUGUUGAUGUCUACCGGAAAACUCUGAAAUCAGAUGGCAUUGCUGGUCUGUACCGUGGCUUCAACAUCUCAUGCGUUGGAAUCAUUGUUUAUCGUGGCCUUUACUUCGGAAUGUAUGAUUCUUUGAAGCCAGUGCUUCUGACCGGAGACCUGCAGGAUAGUUUCUUCGCGAGCUUUGCCCUCGGUUGGCUGAUCACGAACGGAGCAGGACUAGCAUCAUAUCCUAUUGACACGGUCCGCAGAAGAAUGAUGAUGACUUCUGGUGAAGCUGUGAAGUACAAGAGCUCUUUGGACGCGUUCUCUCAAAUCUUAAAGAACGAGGGAGCGAAGUCUUUGUUCAAGGGUGCCGGAGCAAACAUUCUCCGUGCCAUUGCCGGUGCUGGUGUGCUUGCUGGUUAUGACAAACUUCAGCUGAUUGUCUUUGGCAAGAAGUAUGGCUCCGGUGGUGCCUAGGUGCUGUGCAUCUCUUCUUUGACGACGAUGAUGAUGAAAACAAGAUACCGGAAUUUAUAUUUAGGCUGUGCUUUCAAUUCUACAUAAAUACAUCUCAAGUUUGAUCUUUUUGUCCGGAUUUUUGCUCUUCGAACUUAAAUUUAUUUACUUCAGCCUAUUUUCUUAGGACUGUGACUACCAGGAGUUUAAUGUUAUCUGUUUAUCAUAUCUAACUUUGCUAUCAAUAUUUUAGUAGUUAA